CACGCUCGAGAGCAAAAAUCAUUCGCGUUCGGACAGUGGAACGGUGCAUAUCGGUUGCAGGUCGUGCAGCAGCAAUUGCUUUAACUCACAAAGAACCAGCUACCCAGUUAGUGUAACAAGCGUACGGGAAAGCUAAAGUGUGUAGUCGUCUUUAGUGGAGCGUUUUUCCUGGUGAUCAAAAGAGUGUUUUUUUUGCUCCUGUAAAUUGCAAGUGUACCAAAUCGAUACAGUGCAUUCUUUUGGGGUGAUCUUUUUUGUGCGUUGAAGACUUCAGCUAACGGAAAAACGUGAUUUGAGCAUAGUGAAAGAUCGUUUCAUAGUUUUUUUUUGCAUACGUGCAAAAUCGAAUAGCAAAAACACAACAAACAAAACAUCAUAAUGAGGCCCCCAACGCAUUUCGGUAACGAUAUUACCAACACCGAAGCGAACGGUGACGAACAGCAGAACAAUAACAACAACAAUAAUGGAGGCGGCGGAAAUGGAGGCAACAAUGGCAACAAUGGCGGAAGCAAUACGGACUAUAUCGUCGAACGGUUGACGCAGAUGGGUGCCACAAUUAACUUCCCGAAGGUUGCCGGCCGUGGCAUCAUCCGGGUUGUUGAGCGCUGUGAUGAUGCGAAGGAGAACAACAAUCUAGAUCUUUCCGAAUGCGAACUGAUCCAGGUGCCCGAUGCAGUGUACCAUCUGAUGAGACACACCGAGCUGAAGACGUGCGAUUUGAGCAGCAAUGUGAUUACAAAAAUAUCUCCCAAAUUUGCUGUCAAGUUCAGCUUCAUCACAGAUCUCAACUUGUCACACAACCAGAUGGCUCGACUACCGGACGAGCUGGCCGAUCUGCACUCGCUGGAAAUGCUGGACAUUUCGCACAACACCUUCAUCACACUGCCUGCCGUCGUGUUUAAGAUGCCAAAGCUGCGAGAACUGAAAGCCAACAACAACGCCAUCAUCGACAUCGAUCGGGACGAAAUAAUCACGUCCGAUUCGCUCGAGGUGGUCGAUCUGCGGCACAAUCCGCUUACCCCGAUGUGUCACGAUCUGCUCAAGCAUGCCGUCGUUUCGUUCCGGAUCGAGCUAUCGGAGCGAGAGAAGGAGGAUUGGGAAGAUUUGACGAUUUGAAACGCGUUUCCCAUUUUGAUGCGUAUGUUUUACGCAUACAAAAUCGAUUGCUUUUCCUGCCUUCAAACUUGUAGCUUUAGCCGCAAAUUGAGCGACGCUCGGUGCGCAGCGGAGAUGUUACCGCGGUAUUUUCUAGCUAGCUAGCCAGCUAAAACCCGAUCAACCCGGACACGCUCUAUAGGAUGUGUGUGCGUGUGUAUGUUGCGUGUGUGGCGGCCUUGAUCUUUGUACACUAGAUUUAAGAUUGGAAAAGUGUGUUGGGCGUACGCAAACCCAGUGCUACUUAUAUAUUACUAACCUUCUUAUAAGCACCGCCCGGUCGGUAAUAUUCUGAAUUGUACUUAAGCAAAGCUGUAUUAUACAAAACGUACUCAUUAACCUGUGUCUAGCGUGUAAGGCAAUCGUAUCAGCCUCUCUGCUCGUGUUGCGCCCCCCUUUCUACUUGUUGGGAAAGGGAUGUAUCCUGACGUCGGUGCUAGAUUUCUUUUUGUACAACUUUUUGUACAUGGGAGGAGAUUUUGAUCUAGUCAUUAGUCAUCAGCGGACGUGAAUGUAGUAGAAAUGGGUCAAAAUUCAUCUCAACCGCAAACAGUUUCGGUUUGAUUUUAGAUCGAAAGCAAGAAAAACAAGAAUGAGGAAAUUUACUAGACAGAGGAAAAGAAACAUUACUAAAACUCCAACCGAGAGAAAGAUUGAAACAGGGAAAAAGAGAACGAGAGAGAGAGAGUAGAGCUGCAUAAUGCGCUAGGUUCUAAUUUAUGAUGCUGAUCAUAAACGAGUGAUAUUAAAUAAGUCAAUUUGUGUACAUGUAAAACCGUUCUCUAGAUAAGGCCGAAAAGGAUAACGAAACAUAGCUUGCUUGUUGUUUUGUAUCAAAUUGUUAAGGUACAUAAAAAUUCAUUUUCUAGCAAAAUUCGAACAAAGCUCGUACGGAUGAAGAAGCCCUGUGCAUUGGGAACGUGGUAUUGUUUCAGACCCUUUUUGAAGCAUAUCAACGAAUGAGUGCAAUAGUUACAGCAUGUAAACGUUUUAAAGACCUUACAAAAUGACACGACAGAAAAGGAUAAUAAACUUGUGCUUUGAUUAAUAA